AUGGCGUUCCGCCUUACCACUCGAUCACAUGUCGGUAUUUGCACGGUACUCGCUCGCUCCCGAAUAACCGCAACAACCGCAACGUCUAACGUCUAUUGACCGUGUUUCCACUUUGCCCAGUGACCUCACCCCACUUAGAUACGCAUUUUCUGCCGCAGACAUGCUUCAGGCCCCCCUGCAACUUGACACGAUAGCGUCGUCUCUUUGUGCGAAUAGAAAAUAGUGUAAAUGCAAUGCCUUCUCGCGCGACAACAGAGGUUUCUUUCUUGCAUUGUUCUCCAAAAUGGAUUCAGAAGGUGUCCAUUCGCAGUCGGCAUCAUGGUUUCCUCCAGUGGGCUAUAUGCUAGGUCUUGCGGGUAUCUGGCUCGCAUACAAGAUUCUGGAGGCCAUCUACAACAUCUCGCCAUUCCAUCCGUUGAGCGGAAUCCCAGGACCAAAACUAGCGGCAGCGACGUACCUGCCUGAAUUCUACCACGAUGUCAUUAGGUUCGGCUGCUAUACAAAGGAGAUCGCGCGCAUGCACAAGGUGUACGGACCAAUCAUCCGUAUCAACCCCAACGAAGUCCACUGCGACGACAUCAGCUUCGCUGACGAAAUCUACGCCGUCGGUGGCCGAAAGCGCGACAAGCCUGUACACCAGAUCAAUGGGUCAGCUCUUGGAGAAUCCGGUUUUGGAACCGUAGACCACAACAUCCACCGCCUUCGCCGCAUCCCCCUAGCAAAGUUCUUCUCCCGCACAAUGAUAACGCGACUCGAACCCGAUCUUCAUUCUGACGUCCAGAAGCUCUGUGAUAAGCUUCUCCGACAAUCGGGUGAUAACAAGCCAUUCGACGUCACCAUGGCAUACAGCUGCUUUACCGCCGACGCCAUAUCCAAAUACAGCUUCGGUGAGAGCUUUGGGUUCCUCGACCAACCAGGCUGGUUCCCCAAUUUCAGAGAACCAACUGCCUCGAUCUUGCGUCCUGUCUUUGUGUUCCGCUUUUUCCCUUGGACGAAAUCUACUACAAAGUUGGCAGCGACAUUCGUCGAUUACUUGCCCAAGGAUAUUGCACUCAUGGUCAAAACAUUGCAGAUUGAUCUGCCAGCCAGAGUACGCAAGACCAAGGAGGACAUGGAUGCUGGUAUUACAUAUGAUCGACCGACUAUUUUCGCGAGUCUUUUGCAAUCCGAUCUCGAGAUUCUGGACAAGGAACCCCAGCGUUUGUCCGAAGAAGCGCAGGCUGUUCUGGGUGCUGGAACGGAAACUACAAGUUGGGCGUUGGCGGUCAUGACUUAUCAUCUACUAACCAAGCCGGAGAUUCUUGCUAAGCUCACCGCAGAGCUAAAAACUGUUGUGGAUGACCCGAGACAUCUAUCAUGGCCUGUAUUGGAAACGCUGCCUUACCUGGGAGCCGUCAUUCAGGAGGGCUUGAGACUGUCCUAUGGCGUUUCUAGCCGUACUGCGCGUGUGCCCACUGAAGAAAACCUACUCUACCGUGGAGAAUGGAACAAGAAGACCAUCCAAUAUGUACUUCCCAAAGGCUAUGCCAUCGGCAUGUCAGCUUACGUCACACACCAUAACGAACGCGCUUUUCCUGAUUCCUACGCCUUUGCUCCUGAGCGAUGGCUGAACGAGAACAACAACAGGAGAAAAGAAGCUGAGCGUAGCAUGUUGACAUUUUCGAAGGGAAGUCGUUCUUGUUUGGGAAUGAAUUUGGCUCUAUGUGAGCUUAAUUUGUGUCUGGCUGCAUUGGUGCUGCGUGUUCUACCGCAGAUGCGAUUGUCGGAUACUACUGAGGAGGACGUAACAUACGAUCACGACAUGUUCGUGCCCAUGACGAAGGCGAAUAGAGGUGUAAGAGUAACGAUCGUUUGAUGCGGUAGCAUCCCGGGAGAUCGAAGACCUUAGAAUCAGUUUAGUGGAUCAUCACGAAUAGCAGUGCUUUAGUCUGUCACCACAAUCGACAUCGCGCGCUUUACUUUCCAAAUGUAUGGGUUAGGUGGCAGCCUGACAUGUCUGUGCAGCAAGAGUAACCGAAGAAACCCAACGUCGAAGUUUUGAUCUGAUCAGAAUUCUCCGAGUUUGGUAUAGUUGAUGCGAUAUUAACUUCAUGUUCGAGCCGAGUCACCGAAUCAAGCUAGCCUGUAGAAG